GGUUCCUCUGUGGCCAAGCUCAAUUCAAUCAUUGCAGAAGUUGAGGAGCUGAUAAAGGAUGAAUGUAUGCUGUACAACAAGAAAAAGCUGGUGUUUCUAUAUCAGCAGAUGGAGAAGAUCCAAAAGUUGGAGGAUGCAGCAGUUCAGAAAAUGGAAGAGAGGGCUCCAGAGGCAUUUGAAUCUCUCACAGAGACUUUGCAAUUGGGUGUGAAGCUGAUCAGACAUCAUGCAAACGUGUGCGCAUGUCACUUUUGGUAUCCCAUCAGAGAGGUCAAGUGCCUUGUUGAGAAAUAUUGCCAGGACUUCCGCACCUCUGUUUGCAAGCUGGACUGUAAAAUCUAUAAAGAUAUCGAGUGCAAAAUCCCCAAAGAAGAUGUUGCUGAGGACAAAAAAAUGUUUGAAAUGAUCUUGAAAUACAUACUGGAGGAUGCAGACCCUAUGAUGGAAGACACAUGCAAGGAGUGGGAGCAUGUAAAGGACAGAAUGGCUGACCUGUUGGACAAAAUGCAGCCCAUCAGCGAUGAAGAAAUUCCCAUGCAGGAUGAGGAGAGUGACGACGAUGGGGUGUAUGAAGCACAGUGGGAAGGAGAAAACGUACUGGUCAAAAGGCAAGCUCCUGCCUCCAGCAGACUUGAAGGUUUGGAGAGAUUUGGUAAGGUUUGUUCAUUUCUUGCUCUUCACAACUGCAAAGAGCAUGCCCAGAUGGCUGGUGUGCUCGCCAUCACCAAGUCAGGCUCAAUAGUGAUGAAAGGGGGAGAGGCAGAUUUGGUCAAAUGGUACAAGGCCCUGGACAGCAGUUUGUCAUGGCAUUUGAGGCUUCACGUCCUGUGGCAGGCCUCAACCGCCUUGGGCAAGCUGCACGACGAUCCCAUUCCGCUCGUCCACUCUAGCUUGAAGACGAAGAACUUUGUGGUGGACGACGUUGAGAGCGAAGAGCCGCACGUCAUACUCUGUUGCUUUGAACCGAUGAGUUGUCGGGAAGAUGCCCAGAAGAUUGAGUAUCAUCAGCCAAAGAGGACCCUGUAUGAUGCCCCAGAGCUGCACAGGGGAAAGCCUUCCACUGUCCAGAGUGACGUCUACAGCUUUGGUGUGGUUGUAUGGGAGCUCGCUGUGCAGCUGCCCCCACAGCAAAUGACUUCUGGUCAGCUGGGCAUUCGUCCUGAAAAACUACUUAACAGGCUUCCCGAUGAUUGCCCGCAAGGGUUGACAUCACUAAUCAAGAAAUGCUUGUCGCCUGAGCCCUCAAAGAGGCCAAGGAUGUGUGAACUGCAAAGUCAAUUGCUUGACCUCAAGAAACAGUUCGAUCGUCGAAAUGUGUCUGCUGUCUGA